AUGGAACAUAUAAGAUUGCGCAAAGGGCCGCUGCCUGGAGGUCGUCAGGGCGCGUCUGGAGCUGGCGCUGGACGCGACAGCAUGCGAACCGCCAAUAUCGCUGUAACCGCGAUUAUGGAAACGCGCAGUACGCCUCUCGAAAAUCGACCGCGACUUCCCCGCAUAGCCCUAAGCAAGCGGAAUCGGGCUGUCGUGAGGGCUCUGAACCCAAUGCUGGUGACCUAUUUGGAAGCCAGCCGGGACCUUUGCGAGACGGACUCAAUUCUCUUUGGCGCCGCACUGGUAGUCUGCCGUAUUAUAGGCGCCAAACUUUCCACGGCUGGACGCACUACUGGACAAAGUAGUGCUAUCCCAGCCUGGAGAACAAGAAUUGAAGAACGUAUCGCAAAGGCUAGGGCCCUCAUCGGCAGACUGAUAUGCUUCAGGUCAGGCAAUACCAGGCCAAGGAUUGUGCGCACCGUCAGGAUGGCGUUUGCUGGAACAAAUGUUAGUUUGUCCCAGCCGGAUAUAAUGCAAAAACUGACGGAGCGCAUAGACGACCUGAAGCAGAGAAUCGCUGCUUGGGGAAAGCGAAUUCGGCGAUAUACCGAGAGGUCGACACGGUUCAACCAGAAUCGUCUCUUCCAGAGUGAUCAGAAGAGGCUCUAUAAAUUAUUGGAGCGACCAAAGGUAUGUGUAGCGGGCCAAGGACCGGAUCAGGCUGAUAUUAUCGCAUUCUAG